GCCAAAAGACUUAGCAGCCCAAAAAUCGAAGCGCCGCGAUUCCUUACGAUCAUUUUAGCACGUCUUCACCAGUCGUGACAUUCUACAAGCGUUCGCGACGCAAUGGCGGCGGCAUCGCUGGCAGCAGCCCUUCCGAAGCCGCGUUAUACAGGCGAAGAUGAGGAUAUUCCAGCCCACGCGCAACAAAGAGGGGUUCGCAUCGUUGGACCGGGUCAAAUAGACGAGUCGAGCCUUGUCCUACGCCGAAACGGACCACCACCCUAUGGUCAAAGAUCUGGUUGGCGGCCGAGGGCUGAUGAAGAUUUUGGUGAUGGAGGAGCGUUCCCCGAGGUACCUGUGGCGCAGUAUCCACUCCAAAUGGGAAAGAAAGGAGCAGAAAAAUCUAAUGCGCUGGCGAUUGCGGUUGAUGCUCAAGGCAAGGUGAAAUAUGACGCCAUUGCAAAACAGGGUCACGCAGAUGGGCGGAUUGUUCAUGCGUCUUUCAGCUCUUUAAUACCUUUAAGAAACCGAGCGGAUGCUGGCGAGAUUUCGUUAGCUCGUCCAAGCGAGGAUCAAGUUAAAGAAACCACAGAGAAAACAAAGGCCGCCUUGGCAUCGCUAGUCGGCACUGCAGUAGCGGCCCAGAAACCAAAAAAUCUCAAUACCAACACGAAUAGGGUUGCAACAUACGUAAAAUACACGCCUGCGAAUCAAGGUGACAAUUCCAAGAAACAGGAUAGGAUCAUCAAGAUUCAAGAGCGGCAGAAAGACCCUCUUGAGCCACCCAAGUUUAAGCACAAGAAGAUUCCGCGGGGCCCCCCGAGUCCACCGCCGCCGGUGCUACGAUCACCUCCUAGAAAGCUUACAGCGGAGGAACAAGAGAAUUGGAAACUCCCCCCUGUUGUGUCUAACUGGAAAAAUCCCAGAGGUUUUACUGUGCCGCUUGACAAGCGAUUGGCUGCAGACGGCAGAGGUCUACAAGAUGUCACUAUCAAUGACAAGUUUGCUCAGUUUUCCGAGGCAUUGUUUAUGGCUGAUCGACAUGCUCGAGAGGAAGUUCGCCAAAGAGCUUUGAUGCAACAGAGGCUCGCCGAAAAGGAAAAGGAACAGAAAGAAGACAGUCUACGACAGCUGGCUCAAAAAGCCCGGCAAGAACGUGCGGCUGCCACAAGGCGGAGGGGCUCCCGAGAUUCAGGCGAUUCAAGGUCUCGUUCACGAAGCUACAGCUAUUCCGACUCUGGAUCUGAAAGUGACGAUUCAGAAGUCCGGGAGAGAGAGAAAGCACGUGCGGAGAAGCGCAGGGAAGAGGAACGGAAACUACGGCAGUCGCGAAUGGGCACCGAGAGACGGAUACAAGUCAUGGCACGGGAACAGAAUCGUGAUAUCUCGGAGAAGAUUGCGCUCGGCUUAGCAAAGCCCACAGCACAGGCAGAGUCAAUGUAUGACUCGAGACUUUUCAACCAAUCUUCCGGGUUCGAUAGCGGAUUCAACGAGGACAAUCCGUACGACAAACCCCUUUUUGCGGCCCAUGACGCCAUCAAUAGUAUAUACCGUCCCAGCCAGAAUAUGGACGAAUUCGACGACGAGGCUGCCGGGGACAGGGAGAUGGCCAAGAUACAAAAGACCAGCCGCUUCGGCGAGGCCUUAGGCCGUGGUACAUUUAAAGGAGCCGCGGAUGCCGAGGCUCGGGAAGGUCCGGUGCAAUUUGAACGCGCGGGUGAGGACCCGUUCCAGAUGGACAAGUUCAUGGCCGAAGUAGAUCAGAGCUCUUCGUCUAAAAGAGGGUAUGGGUUGCAGGAUGGCGAAGCAAGGGAACCGAAACGCGCGAGGGUAGAGGAGGACGAUGACUGAGCCUUCCCAUAGUAUCGGUCAAUAGUCGUCUAUGGUAUGCUGAACGCACAUAGCGUGGCGGCGAAAUGUUGGGGCUAGGACAACAGCCUAUCUGGUUGGGUUCCAU